AUGCGGAUACCUACGACAUCUCGUUUCACCAGCACAAGUCUGGCUCACGCGCCUGAACCGGUGUUCUCGCCCGAGCUAGCAGGAGAUACCGAAGCACCUUUGCUGGCACCACCAGUCAACACGACAGCUGUCGGCCUGAAGAAAACCAAUCCUGCCUUCCACCUCAUCAUACCAGCAUCAGAAUCCAACCCAGAGCUCUGCAAGACGUUACUAUCCUCAUUCAUACUCAGCUACCCAGCACCUACACUGAUCAACUACGGCAAGGUUUUCGAAGGGGUAGGAUGGGAUAAGGGAUCUCAUGCUGGCAAGAUCCGUGGGCUAUAUGAUUUUCUCAACAAUAAGAAAGAGGUCAAGGAUGACGAUCUGGUGUUGAUCAUUGAUGGCUAUGACGUCUGGUUUCAGCUACCGCCCGAAGUCGUGAUCAAGAGAUACCAUGCUAUGGUUCUGGAGACGAACGAGCGUCUGCGAAGGCGAUAUGGCGUGGUAACGGAAGGACAUCCGGGCGAUGGGACAGCGGACAGGGUGCAAAAAUAUAGGCAAUCAGUCAUCUUUGGCGCUGACAAGAUCUGCUGGCCGAACCCAGUCGAAGACCCAGCCUGCGCUGCAGUACCAUACUCAAUCUUGCCUAAGGAUGUGUAUGGCCCACUAACAGACAGGGACCCGGACGCCUUCCACAACCGCCCCCGGUACCUCAAUUCCGGCACCGUCAUCGGCCCCGUUGCAGACGUCCGCGCGAUCUACAAAUACGCCGUGCAAAAAGUGGAGCAGAAAGGUCGGGGCAAGAUAGGCGACCAGUUCGUCUUCGCCGAAAUCUUCGGCGAGCAGGAAUUCCAACGUGAAACCAUCCGCCGUACUUCCCAAAGUACUGGCGGCCGCUUCUACGAUUGGCUCUCCAAUACCCUCGGUACUUCGGAGUCGCCCCUGUCAGCUAACGUGACCAUUAACAACAUGACAACGGUCGCAGGCCAGCGCUAUGAGUACAGUAUCGGUCUGGACUAUGAAUCCCGCCUCUUUCAAACCAUGACCCACAGCGCGGAAGAUCUCGAAUUCAUAGUCUACAACUCUUCCGCUUUCCUCUCCUCCAUCCAAGCGGCCCACCCCUCCCUGCACGGCCUUCCAUUCUUCCUGCCCACCGACAUCCAGCAGCUGAAGCCGCCCUUUUCCUUCGCCAGUCCAGGAGACCAAGCGACCAACCUCCAAGAGUCCAAGAACUCCCUGCUCCUUCCCUACUCCUCGAAUCUAGACAACCUACCCGGCCAAUCCGGAGAAGCAGACGACCUGGACAGCGAAGAAGGCCAAGCACCGACAUGGCGCACCACCCCCCUCGCCACCAACAUCUACGCCGCCUCCAUCCCGCCCCUCCUCCACAUCAACGGCGACAAAUCCCUGCUCGAAGCCUGGUGGCCCAAACUCUGGCACCACCCUUAUUCCCGCGCCUUGCUCCGCGCAUUCAUCCGCAGCACCCAGGGCAAGACGGCGGCGGCGGCGGCGGCCAGGGGAGGACAGACGUGGUGGGAUAGCAGAGGCGGGAGAGGCGGCGUCUGGACUGAUCGGGGGGAGUGGCUGGCUUGGGGCGAAGUGUGCCAGGGGUGCGAGGAGGAUGUCUUCAAUGACGGGAAGGGGGUCUGGGGCAAGGAGGAAGGGGAUACGAAGGUGGUGAAUUCGUUCGGCAAGGUUAUUAUCGGGGAGGAUGAGGGGUGA